AUGACCUCAUGGUACUCCAACAUCCUGACCACAACCUCGUCUCGCAUCUCGAAUCUCCGCUCUACGUACCUAUCUGGAGACGCGGAUGGCGACACUGAAGACGACACUCAUGUCUGCCGAGUCUUGAGAGCCUACUAUACGGAGAAGGGCAGGACCUUCCCGGGCUGGCUGCCCCCUGACCCAAAGGCGCCACCACCUGCCCCGGCGGUCUACGCCCAGCCGCAGGUUGGAUCGCGAUAUGGCGGCAUGGCCUCACAGCCCGGCGGAGGUGGCGGUCUGAGUUCGCUGUGGGACAGCAACCCUGCCUCGCAGCGGCAGGAUGCCCAAAGCCUGAGGCAGGGGAGGGGAGCCCCGAUGCAGCAGCAGCAACAACAAGGCGGCAGGCUCAACCCCUACGCGAGGAACAGCGACCCGAGAGACGAUAACCAAACACGGCCGCCACCCGGACAACGUGCCGGCAGUUACCAGUCGGCGAAUGCGUAUGGCCGAGAGAGCAGCACAACCCCGCCAGCAGGCGGCGGAGGCUCCGCCCAAGACCGCCUACGAAACAGGUUGUUUGGCGGCGGCGGCGCCAGGACCACCAGUCCCCAGUCAGGCGGGCCUUUCCAACCACCGGCGCAAAGCAGCUCGGGGACGUAUGGUAGCCGGGGAGGCCAGAGCGGCGGAGGAGCGGCCGACAACUACGAGGAUCGGUUCGCACCGGGUGGGAUGUAUGACGCAGCGCCGCCUAACAGGGGCGGAGGCGGAGGUGAUCGGCCUUUCAUGGCUGCAAACUCUCCAUGGGCAAGUAACGACACGGACUAUUCCGGAGGUGGCAGCAGCCGCCCUGGAGGUCUUCCAAGCGGGCCUCGGAGACCAGGAGGGUUACCUAGCGGGCCUAGGAUGAGAUGA